CCUGCAGCCGCUCAAUCAGUCGCAUCAAACUGUGGAGCGGAUCAGAGACGCGCAACCAGGUUCGAAUCUCCCUGCAGACGUUUUAGUUCUUCUUUCUUUUUCUUUUAACAAACUCCAUAAGCAGUAAAAAUGAAGGAAAGGAGAAACACACAGCCACUUGUGAUUAGAUGUAAACUCGUUUUGGUUGGUGACGUGCAAUGCGGGAAAACGGCUAUGCUGCAGGUCCUGGCAAAGGAUUGCUAUCCAGAGACUUAUGUUCCCACCGUGUUUGAGAACUACACAGCAUGCCUGGAGCUUGAAGAUCAGCGUGUGGAGUUGAGUUUGUGGGACACGUCAGGUUCUCCUUACUAUGACAACGUGAGGCCACUUUGUUACAGCGACUCUGAUGCGGUGCUCCUUUGCUUCGACAUCAGCCGUCCCGAUACGGUCGAGAGUGGACUCAAGAAGUGGAAGGCCGAGAUCAUGGACUUCUGCCCCAACACACGGAUUCUGCUUGUCGGCUGCAAAAUUGACCUUCGCACGGAUGUGUGUACGCUGAUGGAACUUUCCAAUCAGAAGCAAACGCCAAUUACCCAAGAGCAGGGUUCUGCCAUGGCCAAGCAGCUGGGGGCCGAGGCGUACCUGGAGUGCUCAGCCUUCACAUCAGAGAAGAGCAUCCACAGUGUUUUCCGCACCGCGGCUCUGGCCUGCGUCAACAAGCUUCAGCCGCUGGCCAAGUCCAGCCCCAACCGCCGCCUCUCCAAACGCCUCCUCCAUCUGCCCAGCCGCUCAGAGUUGCUCUCUUCCACCUUCAAGAAGGAGAAGGCCAAGAGCUGCUCAGUCAUGUGAGCAGUGGGUUAACCCUCCUCACACCGCGAGCUUCUCCCUCCCCGGUGCUUUAGUCCGGGGAAGGGGGGUGGGUUAAACGAUGUCCUCAUCGCUGAAGGCUUCAUCCGGGAAUCCUUCCUCACCCCCCGACAACAUGCAUUUCAGAACAGGUGGACACUUUGCUGUCCGCUUUGUCCUGAUCUCUACACCAGUGCAUACCUGUCUUACACAGUACAGUAUCUUGCUUUUCUCGAUCAAGGUUUGAUCAUCAGCUGUCAUCCCUUCAUUCUUUGCCGUGUUAAGAGAAUUUGUGGUCCAACUUAGAAAUAAGGAACCAGUGUUAAGCAUCUGAGCUUCAGUAAAAUGACAUAAACGUGACAGUGACAAUUGGCUAUUGAGUGUCAAAUACAAUCUUUUAAAAAAUAAUAUAAACGUAUAGAAUAUGAAUAAAAGUGUGUCCGGUUAAGGAAGCUGUGUAAGGAUCAGGUUAUUAUAGGUGUUAGAGAAAGAGGUUGUUGGCCACGAAGGCUUUAUCUGGCAUUAUAAUGCUGACUGAAUUGGCUGCUGUGCAGACUGGAUACUGUAAUUCUGUUGGAAUCUGACUGUAAUGUUGGGCUUUCUUGAACAGCCGAACAUUAACAUAUGGUCGAACGUUGUAUUUGAUGAAGUAAGGGAGGGGGCAUGGGCUAACAAAUUUGCAGCCAGCGAUUUUUCCGAAAGCAACCAAAGACAAGCUUACUAUCCCCUCUGAGUAAAUACCACAUGAUAUAAAUGUCUCUCCACUUAAAGAGACAAUAAAUAAUUGCCCAAGAGAAAAAGAGAGAGGUGUAACUGCUGGCCCAUGGGUACAUGAGUCUCCUACAUCGUGAUGAUGGAGAGCCAUGUAUCUGUGAGCCUCGAGGGAACUCCAAAUCAUCCGAUAUCAAGCUGAAUUGGGCUUCAGAACCAAUUUAGUUUCUCAAGGAUGAUUUUAUUUUCCCAGACAGCCGUUGUAGCACCGUGUUGAAAUGUAGUUCAACAAGGCUUCAAAAUCAACCCGCAACGUAUGCAGAAGAGAUUGUCUUUUGAUCAGCUUUUUAGUAAAUCUACAUCUUCACAUAAAAUGGGUUUUAUACAUGGUAUUAUUUCCUAAGAACCUUGAUGUAGCACUCCAUCUUCUCCUACCUGUGUACAGGUUUUCCUUUGCCUUGUUGACCGUCCUGGUCCUCAGAAGUCUGGAGACAGACUCUUGCUCCAGGUCGGUACAUAUCUAAAUAUGGCUCCUUCUAAAUAAAUUCUUAAGCUUGGACCGUUUUUGUGCAGUGCUGCUCUCGAAAAAUCUGCUUUUAACCACAAAGCAAUAACGAUUGACGUGCUUGUGACGCAAAGUAUUUAGAGUGGCAAUAAGAAAAAACCCGCUUUGUGAUUAUAAACGUCAUGCAACAGCUUUGUGGACGUGCGUGGCUGUGCCUCCAUUACCGCUGUAAAAACAAGCCAGUCUUAUCGUAAUUCUGUUGUAGCAAGGGUUGUUUUGUGGAGUAAACCUGUGUCACGAAGUAAUGUCGGAUUUAUGAACAACCCAAUCAUUCAAGUACAACACGUUAAUGUAACAUUUCUGGGCAGGAAGGUUUAUAGGCUUGGGAUAGGUGACCGCUCUACGGAUGUUGACAAGCAGUCGCGAUGAGCAUGAAGGGGCUUUCAUGGGUCUCUGAAUUCAGUCGGUUUUAACGUAUGGGAUAAUCGGUAGCUUUAUCAAGGAAGCCUGCUUUCAUAAAUGUGCGUAGAAUUCGAUGUAAUGAUUCCUUGUAAGCAUUUUUGUCAACUCUAAUAAAAUAUUGUAUAAUCAGA